GCGCGUCCGCUAGUAUGGAUGUGACUGUAGUUAUCUCUCUUCCAUUCACAUCGUUUUCGUAAACUUUUCAAACUUAUCUAAGCGUAACGGACAAUUUUAACGCAAAGAAGUGAUUAUUUUGACUAUUCUGUUCGACUUAAGUGACUUUUUUUUGUCCACAAUGCUUUGUUUGGAGGUGUUUUUCGUCGUUGUUGGCGCUUUAACAGCGGUAUAUGCUGAAACGCAACCAAAACUGGAUAUUCAGCCCAACACCGGGGUCAUUUCCAAACAAAUUGGAGCCAGUCUGGCGUUAACAUGUAAACCGAACGUCCAAGAUCCCACCCUCAUCAGCCAAUUAGAAUGGAGGGAUUCCAAAAAUAGAAGGAUAGAAAACACCAACCGGGCCAACCCGAUUUAUGUACAGAGUAUAGGAGACGAGCCCGGACUAGUUUUGAUCUUCCAGAAACUCGACGAAAGUCACGCCGGCAACUACACUUGUUCGGCUAAUUACGCCAGCGAAGAGUUGAAGUCCACGGUGACUGUCAAUACAUUCGUGGACAUAACUUUCGUGGACGCUCCGGAAUCACAGUUCCCUAAAGCGGGGGAGGACUAUCUUGUUAAGUGUAAGGUUCAGGGCAACCCAACACCUUUCGUCGAUUGGAACAAGGAUGGUAAAACCAUGGUAUCCAGUGAGCGAUAUAUUGUGCAAAACGAGGGACUGUUAAUUAAAAAUGUUAAAGAAUCGGACGACGGAGUAUAUAUGUGUACGGCGUUUGUUUUACACACUGGACAAUUUAAAAUGAGAAGUAUCAAGGUCGAAGUUAUAAUACCACCCACCAUUAAGCCAAUGGAGCGAGUCUCGGUCAUCGAAGGAGAAACCACGUGGACAAAGUGUGUUGCGACAGGAAAACCACCCCCAACAUACACUUGGAUUAAAUUGCGCAAUAGCGAAGAUCUUUCCAAAAGUAGCCGUUUCGAUGUCAAGAAGAACACAGGAGAUCUUAUUAUCAGUAAGGUAGAAUUUAAUGACGAUGGCGAUUACAAAUGCACUGCCCAGAACCAGGCAGGUUUCGCUGAAAGCACAGUGAAAAUCGACGUUUUGGUGAAACCAAGGAUUUUCGAGCUCCGGAAUGUUACGGCCCCUGUAGGUGAACCAACUCAACUUAUUUGUAAAGUAAGAGGAAGACCUUUACCUAAAGUGGUCUUCAGAAAACGGAGUAGCAAAGAACCAUUCAGCAUUGGAUCACAUCAGGGUAACCGAAUAAUUCUAGAAGAAAAGCAAAAUGAAAGAGACAGCGAGGUGUAUGGAACACUAAUCAUAAACAAACUUAAUCGAACCGACGACGGUUUGUACGAGUGUAUAGCGGAGAACAAAGCUGGAACUGGGUACAAAAAUGGACACAUUACGGUUGAGUUUGGACCAACGUUCGAAAGAACGAAGGAGUUACAUCGCACAGCCUGGGCUUGGCUUAACCACCCCGGUAAUUUGACGUGUAUACCGGAAGCUAUUCCAAAUGCAACUAUUGUGUGGAAACGUAAUGGUAUUCAAAUUGAGUCUGCUAACCAGAACUUUAAAAUAGAAGGCAAUGGACCCAUUUCUCACUUGAUUGUGAAACCGUAUAACGAUCCAGGAUUUUUCGGAAAAUAUGAGUGUAUUGCGACUAAUAAACACGGAAGCGUAUCGCAUCCGCUCGAGUUGAAAGAGGCGAAAAAACCUGAACAUUUGCAGCAAAUCAAAGCUCAGAGCAUUACGGCGACGACGAUCAAAUGGAGUUUAACCCCUCCAAUACACUUUGAUACGUUACCCAUUAGAACCUUUACGGUGCGAUAUCGGCCGGAACAAGAUGUGUCGUGGGACUACGCGAGGAAUCAUACUUGGAGUUUCCAGGCACCCUACAUUUUGGAAAAUCUUAUUCCGGAACGAACAUACCAUUUCCAAUUUGCCGCAACGAACGAUGUCGGUUUUGGUCCAUGGUCUAACGGUCCUACGAUAACUAUGCCAAGGAGAUCGGAACCCGCUGAACCGAAAAUCCACGUACCAAAUCACAGCAUACAAGAUAAUACUAGCAACCGACAAGACGUAAUUGCUGUUAGUCCUUACGCUGAUCAUUUCGAAUUACGGUGGCAAGUCCCUAACGACAAUGGAGAUCCGAUCGAUGGCUACCUUAUAAGAUACUGUGUGGUACAAAAGAUUAGUGGAGAGUGGCGGGACAGUGAGUGCAGCGAAGAAAUUAAGCAGUCUGUACAGUACACAAGCUACGAAUUGAAUUCGCUCAAACCCGACACUGUUUACAAAAUUGAAUUGCGUGCACAUAACACAAUAGGUUCAAGUUCACCAGCCCAAAUCAGAGUGAAAACAGCCAGAGGUAGCGACCCGACGAUUCCCUACACUAAUGAAGCGCCGGCAGUCACUAACUUGGCUAUAAUUGGAAUAGUCGUGGGUGCUGUCAUUCUAAUCUUGAUUUUUGUGGACCUAAUCUGCUUCUCUGUGAACAGAGCAGGAAUUCUGGCGUUCAUCUGCGACCGGAAUAAAUCGAAACACCACGAAGAAGACCCAAAGCUCAGCAGUCUAUACAGUUGGCGAUUUCCGCUGCCUUAUUGCAGUUACAAAGCUGCCCCGGCGCAUCCCAACAGUCUCAACCUGCCCCUACCUGUCAAAUUGGCACCAUCACCAAUGGAGGAUGAGCGUGAACCUUUGAAGUCUGACAGCCAAAUGAACGGUGAAAGAAAUAUGUCCGUUGAAUUUGACGGUAAACAUGUCUACUCGAAAACCGGAGAAAUAAUAGGUAAACAUUCUGCUGUUUAGUUCCUCGUUUAAGAUCUGUGUUUUGUUUUGAACAAGUGAAGCUUCACUCAUUCCAUGACAAUUGUUAAGACAGUUGAGAAAUAGUGCAAAAGGUUGUUUUUAUGUUGCAAUUUAUAAGUAACUUUAAACGUAAUAUAUUUUUCAAGAAAUCGCGUGCCAAAUAUCUAGCUUAAUUUAAAGAUUGUCUAGCAGGCUAUGAAACCGCAGUAUUAUGUAUCAAUCAAGUUGACGUGCAAUUGUGUAUACUAAAUUCAUAAAACUUGAUUGGCGAUUUGUGUACAGCUUUCUUAAGUGUUGUGUGUAUCAAAAUCCAAAGGACAUGUAUAAAUGUUUAUUUUGUAUAGUUAACUUUAGGAUAGUCCUAGGAAAAUUAUCUGGCUUUAGAAUAUUCGACCAAAGCAUUUUGGUUUUGUUAACCAAAAUUAAUGGUUAGGCAGUUAUCACGCGGUCAAGCUUUUGUAUUUGAUUUGUUCUUUAUUGGAGCAAAAGUUAGAUUAAAGUGUUUACGUUUGAUGUUCGUGAAAUAACUGAUCGGUGAUAUCUGCUUCAGUAACUUUUGCAGUACUUAAGAUAAUGACUGAUUAUUAAUGACGUAUUAACUAUAUUCAUUCCGCGAUCGUAAUUUACCUAAUUGUGAUUUUUGUUCAUUCUGGGAAUAGUUUACUAUGUUUUAAGAUAUUAACACAUUCAUCCUUUAUUCUAGGUAGAGAUUUUUAUUGUUAAGUGAAUACAAAAAAAAAAGGUAAAUGUAAAAUGUUUUCAGAAUAACAAUACUGUGUAACGAUAAACUUUGUUUUAGUAAUUAAGUUUCUAUUUUGUAUAAUAAAGUACCAAAGUUAUAAUUUUAGAAUAUGACAUUUUUUAUUGUAUUUAUAUGAUAUAAUAUAUUGUAGCUUUUGAUAUUGAAUAAAGCAGUUAAGUACCUAACGUAAA